CCAGGAGGCCAGACAUGGCGGAGGCGGGAAAAAAGCAGGCGGGCCUCGGGCUGCCAGGCGGAGACGCGGCACAGUGGCCUCUGCAGCGGUAUGGCCGGUUCAUGCCCCUGGGCACAGGAGAGCCAUCUGGAGCUGGCCUGGAAGCUGGGGUGGCCUCUUCCCCCACGUGGAAGGUUUUUGACUCCAAUGAAGAAUCUGGAUAUCUCAUUCUCACCAUUGUUAUAUCAGGUCAUUUCUUCAUUUCCCAAGGACAAACACUUUUGGAAGGGUUUUCACUCAUUGGUAGCAAGAACUGGUUGAAGAUUGUGAGACGCAUGGAUUGUCUGUUGUUUGGAACAACGAUAAAGAACAAGAGUCGCAUGUUCCGGGUACAGUUCAGUGGAGAGUCCAAGCAGCAGGCACUGGAGCACUGCAGCAGCUGUGUGCAGAGCCUGGCCCAGUACAUAACCGUGCAGGUGCCGGGCGGGAACAGCCGGGAUCCUGGCCGACUGAGAGCAGGUGGAAGCGGCGGGGAGGGCUGUGUGCCAAGCAUCCCGCUGCAGCACCCAUCACACCGGCGGGCGGAGCAGCAGCAGUGUGCCCCAGGAGGAAGGACCUCAGUGACCCAGUUAGCUCAGUCUCUCCUGGCGUCAGAGGAGCUGCCCCUUGUCCACAAACAAUCUGCGUGGAAUGCUGAAGAGUUAGGCUCCUUUCUCCGUUUCUGCCUCAUGGAUCAGAAUUUCCCAGCAUUUGUGGAAGAGGUAGAAAAGGAACUAAAAAAACUGACAGGGUUGAGAAAUUAACACUCCGUGUACAUAUAGAACUAAGAAACUUGAAAUCAUUGAAAAAUGCUUCCUCCUUAAGACUAGAAUAAAGACUAUUAUUCCAAACAUCUUUUAUCAAUGUUUUAUUUUUAAAAACCGGUGAAUCCACUUUUCUAUACAUCAUUGCACAUCAACAAUUACACAAAACAUGAGUACAUGCAUCUACGGUUACAUACUGAGUGAGAGAACUCUAUUGAGUGAGAAAAAUCUACACUCAACCAUUAAAUCAAUGUGAAAAAAUACAGUGUUAACCCCAAAGUAUAACUAGUUGCAUAGAAUACCAUGCUAGAAUAUUUCAAGGUCACUGAAAACUAAAGAUAAAUUAUAAAAGUUUGCCUUAAUUAAAUGUACAAUAAGGUUCAACAGAUCAGUGCAAAAAGAUAUAAGAAUUUACAUGAUUCAGCAAAC